AUGUUUCGGUACAACCUAUCUAAAUUGUUUAUAAUUAACUAUUUAGUUAUUCAAUUUAAUUAUAGCAAUUCACAAAUAAUACAACAGCGCUUUGUAAUAGAACCGGGCGAUCAAACAGUAGUGGCCGGUCGUAGUGUAACUCUGACCUGUCGGGUGGCCAAUAAAGUCGGCACAAUUCAGUGGACAAGAGAUGGUUUUGGUUUAGGCAUUGAACGCAAUUUGAGUGGUUUUUCCAGAUAUACUAUGAUUGGCAAAGAUGAUGAAGGCGAUUAUUCACUUGAAAUUACUUCGGUAUCAAUUGAAGACGACGCUAUUUUUCAAUGUCAAGUCAGUGGAAGCACUGACAAUAAAGUUCCGGGAAUUAGAUCCCGAAGCGCAGUACUGACUGUGCUGGUGCCACCCAAUCCGCCAAUUAUAGUACAGGUCCAGGCACAGGGAGAUUUGCUGCAUACUACUGAAGGUACUCUAAUUGAACUCAAUUGUGAAGCCAAUGGCGGUAAACCAGCACCAGAAUUAAAUUGGUUUUACUCGACGGGAGAGCCAGUGUCGACCAAAAAUGUCACUUAUUGGACACAGACUCUAUCGGACGGAAAACGAUUUAAUGCACAAUCAAAGUGGUUGUUCAUCGCCAGCAAAGAGUAUGACAAUCGGACAGUUGUCUGUCGGGCAGAGAGCACAGCUGUCAGUGAACAGUUGGAUGCGUCCAUACGUUUUGAUGUGAAAUAUGCACCGGAAAUACAGAUUCAAUUGUUGGAACCAAUAGGUCAGACAAAAGUCGGCGAUACUAUAAUACUUAGCUGUGAGGCGAAAGCCAGUCCCAACGUAUUAUUGUAUAAAUGGUUCAAAAACGACGAAAUUAUUGUCGGCGAUCACGAAACACAACUAACACUGUCCGCAGUGGACAGACAUAUGAACGGUGCUGUAGUUGUCUGUCAAGUUAGCAAUUCGGUGGGCAGUAAUAAAGUGUCCCAUACUCUGGACAUAUCGUACGGACCUAUAUUGAAGGCACCGCCUGAUUAUGUUUACGGUGUAGACUUGGGUCGCGAUGUGAGACUUAAAUGUGAUGUCGAAGGAAAUCCUAAACCCGAUAUCACGUGGAAAAUGAAGGAUAAACAUAAAGUGUUGGCCACCGAAGCGGAACUAGUGGUUAAAGAUGUGACCGAUUCCAAGGCUGGCAAAUAUAUAUGUAGGGCUGCCGUCAAAGGCUUUUCUGAAAUAACAUCCGUUUCCAUAAUUCAAAUAAAUGGAUCGCCACGUAUUCACGAUCCAUAUAUACAUUAUGGACUGUUGGGUGAGACAGUAAAUAUCGGGUGCUAUAUUGAAUCAAUGCCUAAGCCGAGUCAAAUUGUUUGGUAUCAUAAUAGACAAAAAGUAACUAUUGAUACUAAUCGUGGUAUUAAUAUCAAUGACAAUCGUAUACCCGGAGAGUCGACUAUUUUAUCUACUGUUGUCAUAUAUAAUGCAAAAUUGUCGGAUUUUGGUGAAUACAACUGUUCGGUUAAGAAUAAGUUUGGAAUCGACACUCAAACUAUACUUUUAGUUGAAAAAAUUAGCUUUACAUCUUUGGUUACAUAUGUGUCGCUAUUAUUGACAGCAUUGGCUGUGAUUGUAUUGUUGACUAUAUUUGUGAUACUAUACCUGAGACGACUAAAACGUAAAGAGUUUGACGAAAAAUUAUCGCAUAAUUCCAGUGAAUGGACUGACGUUAGCAGCGGAUCAGUGGAUGACUCAGAUAUGUCGACAGAUGGGUCGGUCAGUGAUGACACCGAAGCCAGUGUUGGCGUUCAAAUGAAAUCCUUGAGCAGUACUGAAGCCGUACAUCACAGUCGUCGAAGUCAAAGAAGCCGUACGACACCCGAUGUAUUGCUUGAUUAUGAUAUCAACUAUCAGUUUAAACAAUAUAUCUAA